AUGGCUCCCGCCCGUCCUGCAUUGGCUCAGAGUGAAUCCAAAGCUAGAUUCUUCGAACGGCUUGGCUUAGAUGAGGACAAUGAACUUCACCGCAGAAUAUACGCCAUGAUGAAGGAGGAAGCUGUAGAUGCUCGUCGACGAUUGACUGCAAACCGCGCUGCUCUUGUUCCGGCUCUGGUAAACACUGGCGUCGAACCGCCGUACAGUCACGCACAAGUCAGCGAAACUGCUUUGCAUCGCGAGAUACUCAUUGUCUAUCGUUCGGCACGGCGAGAAACCAGAGCUGUCUAUGAUCUUGGCCAUGACAUGGAUCGCAUCGAGCAAGAAAACUGGGUCAUCAGAUGGAUGCUCUGGCACGUCUUCCGGUACCGCGACAAUCGAAACCGUAAUCGCAAAGGCAACGCAGCCGGUAAUGGCGACGACGAAGAUGAGGACGACUCUGGCGAAGGCUCGGCUCCCGGCUCGAGUGCAGGUUCAGCAUGCUUGAAGGUCGACUGGAUUGAGCUCAGCAGAGUGGGCCGGAACAGCAUGCUCAGCGCCAACAGCGCAGGAGCACAUGCGAUGGGCAGACUCGCGGUAGAGGCGAGCUAG